AGUGUCACUGACUGUUUAGUUCUUCAGUGUUUGAACGCGGUAUAGUCUGGUGGUUUGGUGAAGUACUGCCGUUUUAGCGAACGAAUUUUUUUCGAAUUAUUUUUAAAUUAAAUGAAUUAAACGAAUAAUUAUAUUGUUCGAGUGAUGCGAAGUAUUAAAAAGUAUUUUUGUGUUUAGUGGUUUUUCUUUGUGAUUGUGUGAUUCAGUGCACAAGAGUCCCGUUGGCCGGUGUUGUGUAUAUCAAAUAUGACCUGCGAUAGGAGUUUUGCAUAACAAUGAAAUAAAUGGAAGCAAACAGAGCACUGCGAACUUGUUUUGGGAUGACGCAGGUGGUGUGGCGUUGUUAGCGGAAUAUGAUGUCACAGCCGGGUCCAGGGCUGGGCGAGCGGCGGUACUCGGUGCCUGCCGCGCCGCUCGCGCACGACCCUCGCACCAUGCAUUCCGAGGAUUUGCACGCCUGGUCUAUUUAUAGACAAAACCUGAACUCGGAUUUCACGGAUAGCGCAUUGGGCAGUACGGACAAAAGCCCGCUGCCCUACGGAAACUUUCAGCUACGGGACACUACUGUUCAAUCUAUACUCUCACACCCCAGAUAUGGACCCAAGUCAGCUCUCGGUUCGAACAUGUACACAUAUUUGAAGUUUGGUCUGCCGCGCGUGUUCCCGCCGAACCACAAUGGCUCCCAGCGCUCUGGCACUCCCAAACCUAAAACCUCUAUAGGAAGCGGCAUGAAAUCUGUACCUAGGGUGCAAAGACAAAGUCGCGGUGUACGGGAGACGUCCUCCGGUUAUGACAGCUCCGACAACGAGACCUCCACCAACUACAAGUACAGUCGCAAGUAUCGCUCCGACCCCGACUUCAGGAUGCAGAACCUACACCCCUCAUAUCAGCAUGCUACAGGUGUCCCACUUGUGGCGAUGCACCAGGCGGGUAUUCGGGACACGUGGGCGAACUCGCGGCACAAGUCCCACAGCGAAGCCAACCUCCUGGCUGCCGAGCGCGCAGAACGCGCCCACCGCGCCCACACGCGUCGUACUAGUGUCGCCGACUACCUGCCUGAUGACCACCACAGUUACUUAAUGCCCUCCUCACACUUGGGCGGGCGCAUGUCGAAGGCGGGCAGUCACCUCUCCUUGGCGCACUCCAGGAAGCACUCCACGCUGCGGCCCGGGGACCAGCUUGAUGGCUACACGCACUCCGCAUACAUUUAUCCUAAUUAUUACGUUAGCAAUUUAGAAAUAACAUCACCGGAGAACAAAUCAACUCUUCUCGUGUCGGGUUUGAGUUUCGAGGUGAAGUCCGGCGACAUCCUGGCGGUGCUGGCCACCUCGCAGCACGAGGCCACCGGCCUGCUGGAUGUGCUCGCCGGUGUAAGAAAGAAACUAUCGGGAGAUAUAGUGCUGAACGGGCAGGCGGUGGCGUCUUCGACACUUCGCAAGCUCGCGGCGUACGUGCGCAAAGACACGUCGCUCUGCCCCUCCAUGACUGUGGAGCACACGCUGCGCUUCCACGCGGCCCUGAGGAGGCCCAGACAGAACCACACCCAACUCAAAAUGGAUGAUAAGGAUAGAAUAAACAUUCUAAUAGAAGAGUUAGGACUCGAUCAAGUCCGAGACACGAAUGUGAGUCGACUGACGCGUUCCGAGAUCCGGAGAUUGAACGUGGCGUGUCAGCUCCUGCUGGACAUGGCGGUGCUCAUCCUGGACCAGCCCACUAGAGAGAUGGAUAUCUUCGAUACAUUCUUCUUGGUGGAGUACCUCAGGAACUGGGCCAUGGACGGACGCGUCGUCAUUAUGUCCCUCCACCCACCGACGUAUGAAAUAUUUGCUAUGCUUACUAAGGUCGUAUUAAUAUCCGCGGGCAGGACAAUGUUCAGCGGAUACAGGAGAGACAUGUUGCCAUAUUUUGCUUCCAUCGAUUAUCCUUGCCCUGCCUUCAAGAAUCCAUCUGAUUAUUAUUUGGACCUGGUGACGCUGGACGACCUGUCUGCGGCGGCCAUGCUGGAGUCGUCAGGUCGUAUCGAGGCGCUGGCGAGCGUGUUCGCGAGCUCGCAGUCCGCGCCCGACCCGCCCCCGCCAGUGCCGCUCCCCGCACCGCUCGGCAGACCCAACGUUAUCAUGCAAACAUUUGCUCUUGUCGAGAAAAGUUUACUUUACACCCAAAUGACGACUCUAUCAAAUGUGAUAACGCGGAUACUACUCGCGGCGGUGAUGUCACUCGUCACCGGCACCAUAUUCUGGGACCUCCCGUCUACUGAUGCUAAGCUGAGUCAGAACGACCGCAUUGGGUUCCACUACUGUGUGAUGUGCGUGUGCGUGUGGCCGCUGCUGCUGUGGCUGAGCGCGCGCGAGGCCAGCGCACUCCGCCCCCACGUCGAGAGAGACGUCGCCGUAGGACUCUACUCCAGGACUAUGUUUAUCUUAUUUGAUCAAUUUCUGGAGUUAUGGUCUGCGUUCCUAACAUGGCUGGCGUACCUGGUGCCGAGCUACGCGAUGAGCGGCCUCUAUACGCAAGCACCGGGAUCCUAUGAUGGCUUCUAUAUUUAUUUAGGUUACAUGCUUCUAUACCUGAUCAGCAUACAAAUGCUUUGCCGAGCGAUGGUGUUCUUAGUGCCAAUGGAGAAAACCGCAUCUGUCCUAUCGGGUUUUGUACUCCUGCUGACCAUAUUGGUGAACGGCGUGAUGUUACACCAAGAUGACCUCCCGUCGUACGUCCGAUGGCUGGAAUACGUCUCCCCGUCUAGAUGGGUCCUGCCUGAGAUAUUGCAGCGCGAACUCAGCGAAACUGCACUCAGGAGUAGCAUCAGUAAAGAUAUUAGGUGUACUAACAAGCAGAGACCGUAUCAAGAUAUAAUUGUACCAUGCCCACCUCCGAAUGGAACUCAAGUGCUGUCAAAUUACGAGUACCUAAGAUCUGACAACAUAUGGGAAUGGAAUGAACAAAGCUUUUUGAUAGCCCUGGCUUUGUUCUAUGCAGUGUUUGCUCUAGUAGGCAUGGCGGCUUUCGUGUUGGACUGUACGAAGUACGUAAAGAGCAAAGAGCGAAAGUCUCUUAAGGGUCACAAAAUUACUGUGAACACUCCUUAACACGUACUGCUAUAAACU